AUGAAUUUAUGUCUUCUAGCUUGUCUUGCUUUCUCAAUCAAUGACCAAAAAUUAUUCGAACAAUAUAUUGAUCAUGAGGCCAAAAAAGAGAAAUACAAUCAAACUUAUUACGUAAAUGAUUUUGAUCUGAAAAAAUCAAACAAUCUUGUUUUUUUGGUCGGCAAUCAAGAAUCUUUUAAUCAAGAAUUCAUGACUUCUGGAACUGCUUUUAACAUUGCUAAAGACCUUAAAGCUAUCUUGUUCGGGAUUGAACAUCGUUAUUUUGGUGAAUCAAAGCCAACAGAAAGUUUAUCAACUGAAGAACUCCAAUAUCUUACUGUUGAACAAACAAUUGAAGAUGUUCAUGAUUUCAUUGCUCAAAUGAGAAAUCAAUAUUGUAAAGAUUUAAAUAAAUGCCAAUCUCUAACUGUUGGACAAGGAUAUGGUGGCUCAAUUGCUGCUUGGGUAAAGGUAAAGUAUGGAGAGCAACUAAGUAUAAUUUCUUCAUGGGCUUCUGCUUCCCCUUUGUUGGCCAAAAACGAAUUUUCAGAGUUUGAUAGUUACGAAGCUCAGUUCUUUAAAAAUAUAGAUUCCCAAUGUUAUACAAAUGUCAAAAAAGUGAUUGAUGCUGCACACAAUCUUCUGUUCUCAGAUGUUGAGACCCACACCAAAGAAAUGAUGAUGCAAAUUUAUGGAAUUCGUCCUGAGAUGCACUUUACAUUUUAUACAGAUUUCAUGUACAUGCUCUCUGAAGCGAUUUCACAAGGUAUUCGCAAUAGAAAGUUCAAUAGCACUUUUUAUGAUCUUUGUGAUACUCUUAGUAAGGCAGAUUUUUCAGACCGUUAUAAUACAUCAAUCCUUUUGGGUCCAUACACUGAUCAAUUUGUCGGUCAUGCUUCAUUCCUAAAAUUAUGGCCAAUCAUAUCUAAAUCUCAAAUGACUGAGGAUAGAGCCAGAUUUUGGAUGAAAUGUAAUCAAUUAGAUUCUUUCCCUAUAUCAAGUGGUGCUCUUCGUUCUACUUAUGUAAAUUCGACGUUUUGGAAUUAUGUUUGUCAGUCUCUUUUCGAGAAAAACCUUCCAGAUACAACAGAAUUUAAUAAUGAAUAUGGUGGUAAAGACAUCCAAGCUAAAAAUUCAUUCUUUACAUCAGAUGAUUAUGAUGCCUACACUGAACUAUCCUGCAUUAAGGAUGAUUCAUCAAUUGGACGUCGUGGCCUGGUAAUUAUUAAUGCCGGCUAUGGUGAUGAAUUUGCUGACAAGCAAGACAAUGAACCAGAAGGCAUCACCUUUGCAAGACAAGAAGUUAUAAACACUAUCCAUAACUGGUUUAUUCCAACCCCACCCACAACAGCUCCUACUACAGCACCUACAUCAGAACCAACAUCAGAACCAACAACAGCUCCUACUACAAAACCCACAACGGCUCCUACAUCCCAACCAACAACAUCAUUCAGCCCUUCAAUAGCCCCACAACCAACUGAUAAUCAAAAUCAAGGGCUUCCUGUCUAUGGAAAAGCUAUCAUUGGAGCAUUAAGCGGCUUAAUUGUCAUUCUCAUCAUAGUCAUAGUAUUCCUUAUUAUCAAGCGCAGAAAACCAGAACAAGUUCUAGAUUCUACUCCAUUAAACUCGAAUUUGGUCAAUUCAAUGAUCUAA